UCCUCGGAACGAUCGACGAACUCGUUCGCGUCGACCGCGAAGCAUGAACGAACCGGUCAAAGGUGAACGGCAGCUUCUCGCGCGAUUCGUGAAACCGUGAAUUGAAAGAAGGUGUUCUCGCGGGACACGUGCUGCGAGCGAAUGCGAGCUGCACAGGAUUCUCGCGCUAUUUCCACGAGCUGCUGCCAGGGUGCGUUGGACAGUACGACGCGAGUCGAGCGGAAAAGGAAUUAUGGAUAGAAGGCGAAUGAAUUUAGUCUGCCAGUGUCUUUUGUUCUUCGUCUGUGUCUCUUAUGCCUCGACCGGUAGCAAUCGUCCCGGAGUCGAUACGAUACCGUUGGAGGAAAGCGAGUCUGUGACAAACUUCGAGGCUCUUACGGCUCCGCAAGCAUACAGACAUCCGAGGGCGUAUCGACGUGGUCACGAUGAAGACGAGUACGAUCAUGAUCACGAUCAUCACGAGGAAGAGGAACACAAAGAGAUGAAGGCAAUAGGGGAAGGGAAAGUUGACUAUUGGGGCGGCUAUUACGACUUCCUUAUCAACGAGGGUAGUUACAAGUUUUGGGCCGUUUUCCAGCUUGCGACCGCUGCUCUCCUGAUCUACAGCGGUUUCGCGGCGCUCUACUACGCCAAGGUGAACCCUCCGACCACCGUCGACGAGUUCGACGACAUAUUCCGUCGCCGACGGAGAAGAUCAACCCCCCUCCAGCCCCGGGAGAUGCCGUUUUGCGGUCUGGACAGCGUCACGUUUCAGAGGAUAGUCGACGCGCUAGCGAGGGAAUUUCACUGACCGAAAAUCUAUCCGUUUCUUUGAUUCUGAAUCUCGCAAAAAAAACACACGCGCUCAAAACGAGAACUCGCAUUCGAGAUCCGCCGUCGAAUAAUUGGCGGAGCGAUUUCGAGUGGAUUUUCGAAGCCUGUUUUGUUCGUCGUGCAACGGUCAAAUUGCCCGGAGUUUUAAACGCGAUUCUGGAAACAUUCUACGUAAAUGUAAUUUGUAUAUAUGUACGAUAAUAGUGCGCGUAACUUGGCGGACGUUCUCGGAUUACAAACGACAACGUUGUUCUCCCGAAACGUCGCGAGAGGCGGACAAUUUCGACGCGGUCGGUUUCGCGUUUCAUUUUCGUCGAAAUUCAAUGUUAACGCCGCGUCCAGCAGACGCGGCGCCUCGACGAAACUACAGUCGAAGGAGAAUCGAUAAAUAAACGCGUGAACGAUCUGUUUGCAUGCUCGAUUAUAUUUUCGUGCAACAGGUCCGUUCCGUUCGAGCGUCGAUCUACUGUGCUUUUUAACUUGUAACACGAACUACGGCAACUUCGGCAGCAAAAUUCAAAAUCACUGUUCUCAACGAUGGCGAACUUUGUCGGAGAAAACAAGAGCUUUCGCGCCGAUAAAUCGACAACUCGAGCUACGCCUAUUAUUCUUCAACUUGAAUAGUCACUUUUCACAAAAUAUUACGUCUCCGAGAGCACGGAUUUCAUCGAAAAGCGUAAUGUAAAGUGUGCAUGUAUUACCGAGGUUAUGUAUCUAUUAUUGCAAGCCAAAUACCGCGAACGUUCCGAUCACUGCGUGUCCAAGGUCGACAUGAUCCAUUUUCUUUUAAAUGUACACACACAACCAUAAUUCUUAGCAUCAAGAUAAUCUCACUGUAGCACUUCACAAAAUUAGGUUAGGUACUCUACAAUCUACGCGCCGGCUCAUCGAGAACUGCGCCGGCUAGGUUAAGGUGCGCACUUCGGUAAAGCACCGCAGCAAUGUACACACAUAGCAGAAAAAAAACUACGCGCCAAAUGCAACCGUGUUAAUAAAUAAUAUUUGAGGAUA